AUGAAAUAACCCAUCUUAAAUAAAGGAUCAAAACCUGAAAAAAAUCCAACUUCUUAUAAUAAUGAUGGAUUUGGAAGGGAUACAUAUAUCUCUUAUAAUAAUGGUGGCAACUUUGGAACUGAAUUCAGAUUUCUAACUGUCCAUUAAAACAGAACCGGAAUGAAUAUGAUGCCAAGUCCUGCUUCCAGAGCUUAUGAAGUACCUUAAAGAUUAUUCUAUUAAUGUGAUGGAACUGGAAGAGAUACAUAUGUGUUGUAUGAAUGAUUUCUUGUAUAUAGAUUAAAUGUGUAAGAGAAGUACUCUCCUUUGCAAAAUUAUAAAAGAAUGCUUAGAAGUUCUGAUCAAUUCUUCUCCAGUCCAAAAUACAGAUAUGAAUUACCACCACUUGCUAGAGAAAAGUUUAAGAGAACUUAAUAAUCUCAAAGAAGUCUCAUUAGUCGAUUAUCAUAACCAAAGCUGAAACAAAGUUGUUGA